CUCAGACACGUUUAGCACAGAGGCCGCAAGAAAACGGAAGCAGCAGCAGCUGCAGCGCGACCACGAAUGGCGUCGACCUCGAGCUUGGAUUUGGGAAAGACCGUGCCGCCGGCUGGCUUCCUUCUCCACCGCCGCGUCGCCGUCCUCAGCGCCCCUGUUCUCUGGGGGAGGAGCGCGAGCGGGCGGUGCGGCCUCGCCAUCUCCGUCUCGUCCUCCAGUGGUGCAGCUGGGCUCUCCCCACUGAGUGACUCGGAGAAGAAAGGCCCUGUGGUGAUGGAGAUCCCGCUGGAAGAUAUCCGGAGGCUGGUAAUGCGAACACGUGCUACUGAUUCUGACAAGGUGCAGGAACUCAUGGACAACAUCCGUGUCAUCGGCCUCCAAGUACCUUUGGGCAUCCUUUCCAUUAACAUUAAUUUUUCCAAAAAAAAAAUUUUAGCUUAUAAGAUAAAUUAUGUCAGAACUGGAAUUUUCUUAUGUGGAAUGAGUACAUACAAAUAAAGUUAUACAGUAGCUAAUACAU